AUGGCUUUAAGAAUUGCGGUGGCUGGUGCUACUGGAGAUUUGGGAGUUCCCAUUGUAAAUGCUCUCCUAGCAGCAGGCUACCAUGUGACAGCCCUUACACGGGGGGGCAGCAAUAACGCCUCAAAACUCCCAACCAAUUCCAAUUUAUCCAUCACUGAGGUUGACUACUCGUCAGUGCAAUCUCUGACAGCUGCUCUCAGAGACCACAUAGCCGUCAUCUCUACUCUUACUUCUACAGUCGUUGGCGACCAAUAUCCUCUUAUCGACGGUGCUAUUGCAGCUGGGGUGACGAGAUUCAUCCCUUCAGAAUUUGGCAGCGAUGUCACUCAUCCUCUACGCAACGCAUUACCUGUGUUUGAAGGCAAAGUCAAGACUCACGAGUAUCUCAAGGCCGCUGCGGCUAAGAAUCCGGGCUUCACUUACACGGUGAUUUGCACCGGAGCCUUCUUGGACUGGGGUCUUCAUGGCUUUCUUGUAAAUGUUCCUGAGCAUACUGCCACUAUUUACAAUGGCGGCAACAUCCCAUGCUCGGCUACCAAUCUCGAUACAAUUGGAAAAGCUAUCGUCGGAGUUAUUCAGCACCUCCCUGAGACAGCUAACCGUCCAGUCUAUAUUCAGGAUACUGUCUUUACUCAAAACUCAUUGAUUCAGUACGCUCAAGAGAAGGACGGUAUUCCAUGGAAGCUCACGCAUAAAUCUACUGAGAAAAUGUUUACCAAUUCAUUUGCGGAAGUGGAAAAGGGAAACAAGGACUGGUCGGUCCUGCAGGAUUUUGUUUUUAGCGCUUGUUUUGGAGAGGGAUAUGGGAGUGAUUUCUCCCAUCUCUUAGAUAACGAGCUUCUAGGAGUGAAGGGCUUGACAGACGCCGAGGUUAGGGCACUUGUAGAGAGCCUGUUGUAA